AUGGACCAUUUGAUUGCUGCUUUAGGCAGGCAAUUUGCUAUUAAGGAUUUGGGUCUCUUGCAUUUUUUCUUGGGAGCUCAUGCUAUCCAGAACUCUGCAGGUAUGCUAUUAUCUCAAAAAUAUUAUGUCUCUAAUAUGUUAGUUAAAACUAAAAUGGAUGGUGCUGCUAGCUGUGCUACACCUAUAGCUUCCUCAACUUCGGUGGUUAACUCUAGUCCUUUUGAAGAUCCAGUUCUCUAUAAAAGCACAGUUGGUGCACUCCAAUAUGCAACAAUCACUAGACCUGACAUUUCUUAUGUUGUAAAUAAAGCAUGUCAACAAUUCAUAUUGGUCAGUUGUCAAGAGGAUAUUAAGGUAUUUGAAAGACACUGUUUAUUAUGGUUUUAA